CUAUUGGUUCCCUUUUGAUGACGUCUUAUUUCAGCGUCCAAGUGUUAUGAAAUGCUAGAAAGCAGGGGUAGAUAUCAGUACGAUAUUUAGUUAUUUGUACAGCUGAUCUGUUUUAACCCAGUAAACAAACACGUCUCAGAGUGAUAUAUACAUUUGAGAACUUCGUAAAAUUAGCAGCUUGUUGCCAACUGCAGUCAGUCAUGUCUGUGCAUUUCGAGGAAAGGAGCGGCGUCGUGCCCUGUAAGACCCUGUGGGGAUCUUGGUAUCAGACUAUGGAGGAAGUUUUUAUAGAGGUAAACGUACCUUCGGGAACUUCGGCCAAAGAAAUCAAGUGUAAUCUCGGAAGCAGCCAGAUCGAGCUAUGUGCGAAAGGAAAGGAGAUCAUUAAGGGAAAGCUGUUCGGUACGACUGUGUCGGAUGAGGCAACGUGGACUCUAGAGGACGGCAAGCUAAUUCGCAUCAUUCUAAUGAAGACGAACCGGGAGGCAGGAAAUUGCUGGCUGUCACUCUUGGAGGGCCAGUAUUGUGCCGACCCGUGGGUCCAGGACCAGAUGCAGAGGAAACUAACUCUGGAGAGAUUCCAGAGAGAGAAUCCUGGAUUUGACUUCAGUGGUGCAGAAAUUUCAGGAAAUUUUGCUGGUGGUGGACCAGAUUUUUCAAACUUGAAAUGAGACAUUUACAGGUGACCCCCCCCCAAUGGCAAAAGAUGAAAACCACAGACUUCCAUUACUUCCCUGACCAGUGGAGGACCUCGCAGUGUGAAAUUUGGUUGGACGAGUUCUCUGGAGCUGGGAGCACGACACGAGAAGGGGUCAAUGUUAGUUCAGUUCUGGGAACUGGCAAAGCGUUGUGACACCGACAUAAUAAAGACUGCUUGUGAUUAAAUAGGU